UGAAAUCCUUCAUACUUGAAUUUAUCGAUUUGCUUUCCAAUUAGAUUAGUACUAUUUACUGCUACAUAUAAUCGGCUCCACAAAUCCUGAAAAGGAACAGAAAAGAAAGAUAGGGAAAAGCCAUGGUUUUUUUACCUGCUGUAGCAAAAUCAGUAGGCCAGCAAUGGCUGAAGCAAAAAUCGAAGCCCAUUUCAUCUUCUCAACAACUGCUUUUUCACCUCAAGAAAUUCAAUAUAUAUCCACAUGAAGAAUGGAAUCGCCAGAGUGUUCGAACCCUGAUUUUGCAGUCUACUUCUGAUUCCGUCAAGCUUCACAAACUCGAUGACUCCGAUUCCGGAGUUGUUGAAGUUAACUUGGAUAGGCCUGGAGCAAAAAAUGCAAUAAGUAAGGAUAUGUUACAUGGGUUGCAGCGAAGCUUAGAAGCUGUUAAUAAGGAUCAUUCAGCAAAGGUUUUGAUGAUCUGCAGUUCUGUUCACAAAGCGUUCUGCGCUGGUGCUGAUUUAAAGGAAAGAAAGACAAUGACUCCAGAUGAAAUUCAGAAUUAUGUAAAUUCUCUGCGAUCAACAUUCUCUUUUUUGGAGGGACUGCAUAUACCUACAAUUGCUGUUGUGGAAGGUGCAGCACUGGGUGGGGGACUGGAAAUGGCAUUAUCAUGUGAUCUCCGGAUAUGUGGGGAAGAUGCAGUAUUUGGCUUGCCAGAAACAGGACUUGCUAUAAUCCCAGGGGCUGGUGGAACACAACGGCUUUCUAGAUUGGUUGGGAAAUCACUAGCAAAAGAAAUCAUAUUUACUGGUCAAAAAAUUGGUGCUAGAGAUGCACUGUCGAUGGGUCUGGUGAAUCACUGUGUUCCUGCUGGUGAAGCUCGCUCAAAGGCACUUGAAAUUGCACGAGACAUAAACCAGAAGGGGCCAUUGGCGAUAAGGAUGGCAAAGCGAGCCAUUGAUGGGGGCCUUGAGAUGGAUAUAGCAUCCGGCUUAUCAGUUGAGAUGGAUUGCUAUCAGCAGCUUUUGAACACGAAAGAUCGGUUGGAAGGUUUAGCUGCCUUUGCUGAGAAACGAAGGCCAAUUUACAAUGGUGAAUGAAAGUUAAAAAAUGCAGAAUUGUAGUUAUGUGGAUUAAAGCUGCAUUUGACCAACCCAAGAUGGGGUAAAAGCAUGUAUUAGCUUUUGUACAUGAAAGCCAGGAACUCCUUUUUUGGGGCUGAUUGAGCUGUUGCUUUUGGAUAAUUGGUUGGUUCAUCAAGUUCAAUUGGUUGAUCAAAGCUUUAUAUGCUGA